CCCAAAGAACGGUGUUGUUCAAUAGGGCCAUGCCGUUGAUGGCGCACCCCUGUGUCUGAUAUAAACAACACUGCGCAUUUACGAUAGCCUCUCAAGACUCCAUUGAAGCGUUUCACUUACUCCUCUAGCCUAGCCAUAUAUAAAUAAAACGAAGCAGAAUCUCAACCAUUUUUGGAGGGGUCCUGACUCCUCUCUGAUCUAUGCUAAUAACCAACACAAAAACACCACUUUCACCGCAAACAAUGGUAUCAUCCGACCCCUCUUACCACACCGUUCCCACCAUGGCAAAAUCAUCUACUCACUUUCAUAGAAGUAAAACCUCCAUCUUCCUCUCCGAUGGUUGCCUCUUCCUCGGUGGAGCAUUCUCCGCCCUCCUCAUCGUCGGGGUUUUCUUCUCCUUCACAACUCCCAUCCCCAGCAACAUCCCCACUUUAGGCUCCGUCACCACAAAGUUCACCGCCGCACCCGCCGCCGCUUGCGAAACCUCCUCCUCUGGUCCUGACCUCCGGUUCGAUCCUCCCGAUAGAACCUUCUAUGACGAUCCAGAAAUGGGGUACACCAUGGAGAAGAAGGUUCAUAACUGGGACAAGAAGCGCGAGGAAUGGCUAAAGCAUCACCCAUCGUUCGCCGCGGGAGCAAAGGAGAGGAUCAUGAUGGUGACGGGUUCUCAGCCUAAACCGUGCAAGAACCCCAUCGGUGAUCACCUUCUCCUCCGAUUCUUCAAAAACAAAGUUGAUUACUGUAGGCUCCACGGGUACGACAUAUACUACAACAACGCGCUGCUCCACCCUAAGAUGUUCGGUUAUUGGGCCAAGUACCCCGUGGUGAAGGCUGCGAUGCUGGCCCACCCGGAGGCCGAGUGGAUCUACUGGGUCGACUCAGACGCGUUGUUCACCGACAUGGACUUCAAGCUCCCCCUGGAGCGCUACAAGGACCACAACCUCGUGGUUCACGGUUGGCCCCGCCUCAUCCACGAGAAGCGCAGCUGGACGGGCCUCAAUGCCGGCGUCUUCCUCAUCCGCAACUGCCAGUGGUCGUUGGACUUCAUGGAUGUGUGGGCCAGCAUGGGCCCACAGACCCCGAAUUACGAGAAAUGGGGGAAGACGUUACGGUCAACGUUCAAGGAUAAGUUCUUUCCGGAGUCAGACGAUCAGACGGGCCUGGCUUACCUGAUCGCCAUAGAGAAGGACAAGUGGGCGGACAAGAUUUAUUUGGAGAGUGAGUACUUCUUCGAAGGGUAUUGGGAGGAGCUUGUGACGACGUUUGAGAACGUUAGUAAGAAAUAUGAUGAGGUGGAGAGAGAGGUGAGGGAGUUGAGGAGGAAGCACGCGGAGAAGGUGAGUGAGAGGUACAGUGAGUUGAGAGAGAAGUUUGUUAGGGGUGGCGAUGAGGUUGUUGGGCGGUUGAAGAGGCCGUUUAUUACACACUUCACGGGAUGUCAGCCUUGUAGUGGGGACCACAAUCACAUGUACUCUGCCGAUGCUUGCUGGAACGGGAUGCUCAGGGCGCUCAAUUUCGCCGAUAAUCAAGUCCUCAGACCUCACGGUUACAUGCACCCCGAUCUAGGAGAUAACGGAGUUACUCCCAUUCCUUCUGAUUAUCCCCCACCAUGAGCCUCCCCUGCCCCACUCAGGCAAAGGACCCAUCAAGUUUGGAGAAAGCUGAUCGUGGCCCAUCAAUUAAUAUGGGUAUAUGAAGCACAUGCCUACGUUCAGAGCUUUUCAUGGAUAGUAUUUUUCACCUAAGUUGUGGGUCAUAGAUGAUCAAAUUCAAAAGUGAGACAUAUCGAUACACCCCAUAGUUACAAAUCUACAAUCUUACAAGUUACAACACAUAUAUUGGCCAUUCCAUUUGCC